CAAUUUCUUUCUUCCCUCUGCUCUCUAGUCUCUACAGCUUCUCUCCUUCCCCCUCCAUUCUAUCUUCUAUCUUUCCCCAAUUCCUCAAAUUAAAGCUACCUAGGGUUCUCUCUAAAUUUCCCUCCUUCAAUUCCACUUCUCCGGUGAGCUCUGCCGCCGCCGCCGCCGUCUCCGUUGCACCACCACUCUCUCUUCGUCCCAGAUAGCCCUUGCCUUGGCCGCCUCCAUCGCCUCGCCGCCGUUGCAAACCCUUCUCCCAGCGCCGUUGCAAAACCCUUCCUACGAUGGUGGGUCACGAUGAGGGUGGUGAAGACCUCUAUGUCUCAAUUCCGCUUGGUGGUCCAAUUUAUGUCCCUGAUCUCGUUGGUCCGCUCACAAGAGUCCCACACUUUGAAAUUAGUGUCAUUCAAGAACUUGAGAGUUUGAAAGAAGAGGUAUAUGGAGACACGGCACAUGACUGUGAUGAAGAUACGUCGGUUGAUGAACUCAAAAUAAUUCAGGAGGACGAGUUAGUCAAUAAAGCAUUUGAAGAAGCUUUCAAGGUUGAUGAACUGGCUAUAGGUAAUCCACAUGUUUCAGAAGAGCGUUUGAGCCCCAGGUUAGAAGAGGACAAGAAGGCUAUUGUUUUAAGCAAAUCAAACAAAAACCAACCUGGGAAGAGGAAGAAGAGGAAGGGUGAUAGCAAAAAGAAUAACUCUCUUGAUGAGAGCUAUAUUGUAAAGGUGGAGCAGCUAGCUAGAAUUAAAUCAAAACAAGAAGAAGAUAAAGCAUGUGUUAGAUUGCAUUCCUUCAGUAAUUCCAUGAUGCCUGGACAUGGAGUAAAUGCAAAAGCUGAUAAAAUAAGACCUCUGAAAUCUGGCAGUGUGACAAAAAAGCAGGUGAAAGCCUCAAGUACCGGUAGUGAUGUGCCUGUGCAAUUUCCCGAGGCUAUCCUCAGUUUUGAGGUUUACCAUAACAAAAAGACAUCUUUGAAGACGCAAGAAUUCCUGGUUCUGGGACGGCAAUUUUUGACUGAAGUUAAAGACAAAAUAUAUUGUUUGACAGAUGAGAUAAUGGAGAAGGCUGGGAAGUAUGAUCCUUCUGGAUACUUUCUAAUAGAAGAUGUUUUUUGUAAUGACAUGAGGGAGUCCUCAUCCGUGGACUACAGCGAAACCAUUCUUGAUUGGCUCGAAAACUCCAAGAAUGAUGCACUUGAAAAGUGGGAAUACAUUGUUGCCGGUGAUUUGCGACAGAAACAAAAGGCCCUUUUGGGCAGUGACAAUAAGCAGCAGUUGCCAAGAUUCAAAUCUCUUCAUAUGCAGAGUACAAGAUUUUGUGACUUAAAUUUCCAACUUGGUUCUGGGUAUCUUUACUGUCAUCAGGGGGAUUGCAAGCAUUUAAUUGUAAUACGGGACAUGAGACUCAUACAUCUGGAGGACGUACAAAACCGAUCAGCUUAUCCGCUCAUCACGCAUCAGCCAAAGCUGCAUUUCAAGAAAUGCUCUGUAUGCAAAAUUUACAGGGCAGAAAAAGUGACUGUGGAUGACAAAUGGACCUCAGAAAAUCCCUGUUACUUCUGUGAUAUUUGUUAUUAUAUGCUUCACUAUGUAAAUGGGACUUUGCUUUAUAGUGAUUUCAGUGUCUAUGACUAUCAUCAUGAGUAAUAAAAUAACAAAAGAAAAGGAGAGAUUGCUUUUCUUUUAUGAA